CUAGUCUGCUGUUGUGAGUUCUCUUGCAGCAGAAUUAAAUAAUCCAAGUAAACGUUGACGAUGCUGGAUUGUAUUCAAAUGGAAGUAAAGGACAGCCCUCUGAAUCGUGCCCAUCUUUAUGGCCGAAAGGCAGACCAGUUGGUGGCCAAAGAAAAGUAUGAGGAGGCGAUUUUAUACCACAUUAAUGCAGCAGAGCUCUUGAAAGAGGCCCUAUCAUUGACACACACUUUACACACUCUCAGAAAUAAGAUAAAGCUAUCUUUAGAGCUCCAGAGAGGCAGACAUAUCCGACAGCAGCAACUGAUCAAGGUGAGUUCCAAAUGGGCUAAACUCAAAGGAAAGUCACUAGUGAACUCAUCAAAACACAACUCAUCCCUGUCAACACAACGUUUCUUGGCCUCCACCAAAAUGCCCAGUCAUACAGUCGUCCAACAUGAAAGCCAGCGACCUCAACUUGGCUGGAAGACUGCCAAAGAUGACAAGACUCGCCUGGAGGAGCAGAGCACUGCCAUAGCUGGCUUGUGGAGGCUCAUGGCGGUUCUGCUGAUAGAGAAUGAGCGGUUACUGGAGGAACAUGAGAAAAUAAAAGCAGAGGAUGCUUUUCUGAGGAGAGACCUUAAUGAGGAGCAUCAGAACCCAGAAGCUCCUCUAGAUCAACCUGCUAAGAUGUUUUCACCAUUGGUAUGACACUCCUGCACGUGCCCCCUGACCUCCAGGAAGAGAUCCAACUGUUGUGGGAGAGAGCAAAGGACUGAUAGUCUUGUAUUCACCUAUCACAAGCCUGCCUGACAGCUACCAUUGAAAACAUGAUGGGGAUUAUGGCAUGGACAUUUUUGAGAUUAUGUAUUGUAGUUUAGACUGUUGCUUAAAGUCAACUUUUAAAACUGACAAAAAAAAAUUUCCCUGUUACCAUAAACACUUAUUUCAGCAUUAAGACUUUAGGUUAAAAGGUAUAUGAAUGGAAGUGUGUCUUUUAGGUGCUAUGAUGACUAGUAGUCACCAUUGAUUUGAAGAUUUUAAUAAUUUGAAUCGCCUUUGAACUUUAUGCUGUUCACAUUAAUAGUCAUGCCACGUGACUGGUGAAUUAAAAGUAUAAAUAAAUA